AUGUAUUUUGGUCUAAAAAGUUGUAUUACAAAUAAAUCUAUUAAAUUAUCUGCUGAGUUUGCUACAGUUUUUAACGAGAAAGCUGAUGCAUUUUAUCUUGACAAUAUUUCUUGGAAGGAUAAUGAUAUUUUUGGUUGUGGAUUAGUUUAUCCUCCAACUAAUAUGACAAAUGAAUUUCCUUAUGUUUUCUUUACUCAAAAUGGCAAACAAAUUGGGAAAGCUAUUUUAUUGAACGAGAAUUCUAACUCAUAUAAACCUUCUGUUUUUCUGAUCAGUUGUUCUAUUGAAGCCAAUUUCGGAAAUAAUUUGGAAGCUAAGCCGUUUAAUUAUGACAUCUCAAAACAUGAAAUUCUCAAAGAAUUUUAUUGA